UCAUGUUCCCUCACGUGGAAGUUGCAUCAUGGGAGUUUAUGUAAAAUCCAAGAUGGCAGCGGCCUGUGUCAGAAGGCUGGGUAAGGUCGGUAGGCUUGUUCUGGAUAGUCCUGCAUGCCGGACAGUGAAAUGUCAUGCCUUAUUGCCGCGAAAUUCUCUCAAUGGACCCAGACGGGCUUACGGAACCGGUACGGAGGGAUUCACGUCCAGACCCCUGAGGAACUUUUCGACCCAGCUGCGCAGCGCCAGGGUGCUGGGAUGCGCGUUCUUGCUUGGUGGUGGGAUGGGUCUGUACCAGACCAUUAAAUUAACUUUCCAGCGUCACCUUGCAGAAGAAGAGGAGAAGUCAGCUGCUGCCAGUGGAGAGGUGAAGUUGACCCUGUACCAGUACAAAACCUGCCCCUUCUGCAGCAAGGUGCGAGCAUUUUUGGACUUCCAUGGGUUCCAAUAUGAGAUUGUGGAGGUGAACCCCGUCAUGCGGAAGGAGAUCAAGUGGUCCAGCUACAGAAAAGUGCCCAUUCUGAUGGUGAAUGAGUCCAUACAAUUGAACGACUCCUCUGUCAUUAUCAGCACUUUGAAAACCUUCUUAAUCAGCAGGGAGAAGACCAUUCCUCAGAUCCUGGAAUGCUACCCAGAGAUGAAGUCAACGAAUGACAGCGGGAAGGAGGUGACGGAGUUCAAUAACAAGUACUGGAUCAUGGUUGGAGGCACAGAGGAGGAGAAGCUCUACCCUGAAAAGGGCUCCAGGAAAGAGGAGAUCAAAUGGCGCAAGUGGGCCGAUGACUGGCUGGUCCACCUCAUCUCCCCAAACGUCUACCGUACACCCAACGAGGCCCUGGCAUCCUUCGACUACAUUGUGCGCGAGGGAAAAUUUAGCACCUUUGAGGGCUUCUUCGCCAAGUACGUCGGAGCAGGCGCCAUGUGGAUCAUCUCCAAGAGACUUAAAAAUAGACACAACCUGCAGAAUGACGUGAGACUGGACCUGUACAAAGCUGCAAACGACUGGGUGGCAGCUGUGGGCAAAAACAGGAAAUUCAUGGGCGGCGAAGCCCCCAACCUGGCAGACCUGGCCGUCUUUGGGGUCCUGAGAGUGAUGGAGGGGCUAGAGGCGUUUGACGACAUGAUGGAGAACACCAAGAUCAAGCCCUGGUACAAACGCAUGGAGAAGGCCACGCAUCACAAGGAGCCGCAGCAGUGACCUCACCGUCGCCAUGGACACCGGUGGCCAAUGGAACAACAUUCUGACAACAUGGCACUUCCUGGAUCUGAUUGCGGCCACUGCUAACGCAGUUGUAAUAACGCUGUAUUUUUUUUCUUUUGUUGUUUUUCCUUCUACAUUGACUUGCUUUGAAAAAGCUUUCUCUGUCCCCUGCCCCCGAUAAAAAAAGACAUUUAAAGCUACAAUUCAAAUGUAUUGUGAGGGAAAAUGUGAAUAAUUUCAUGUUUAAUAUUAAUACUGUGUCAAAGCAUUAUCAGAUGUUAACUCAUUCAUUUCUAUGCAUCUCUUACUGAGGUCUUUAUGAGCUUAGGGUUUAAUAAAUGAAUGAAUGUAAUGCAAACCCCAAUGGGUCCAUGUAGUGGCUUUGAAAAGGUUCACACAGGGGGACUUUGACACGUCUUUCUGACAGUCUUAGCGUGUUUUUGAUGAAUGCAUUUUUUUUUCAUCUGUGGAGGUUUGACAGCUUUUCAUUUUGUCUCAGUAAAUCAACGGUUUAAUUUCGAGACUAGACUAUGUCAGAACUAGACUAAGGCCAAUGGGUUUUUGCUAACAACCUAUAUUGAGUUCUGUUGUCUUUUGCCGCCUUCAGGUAUGUCCGGUUUUCACCUUUUUUUUCCAUGUCUACCUCCAAUUUUUCUAAAGUCAGGAAUCAACAUUUUGUCACUUCAAGACUUGUUUUGUGAGUGUGAGUGAUGACUGCUACUUACAUAGGCCCUACAACAGAACUAAAGACAUUUGACAUUGGAUCGGUUUUCAGGAAUGCCACAGAUAUCUGAAAAGUUUGGUUGUAUUAAAAAUAAAUAUGAGAUGGGGAGAUUCCUGUCAAUCAUGAUUUUCCCCUUGAUUGGUGAGGAGGAGGUUGUCUUGUAUGCAUUGCCCCAAAGUACUGAAGGAAUGAUUUAUUACCUGUUAAUUUAAAGAGGAUCAGUAAUAAAAGAGCAAGAGAGAAUAUAA